AUGAUACCAACCACUGUCGCUAAUACCUUCGGAGCGAUUGAGAUCGGGUCGUUCGGGGCUGCUUUUCUCUUCGGCAUCGUCACUCUGCAGUGCUACAUCUACUUCUCCCAGAAUCCAAAUGAUUCGCGGAAGCUCAAGGCCAUGGUUGCCAUAAUUUGGGUCCUCGAAUGCGUUCACUCUGUUCUCAUUUUCUGGGAGGUAUAUCGGUUAACAAUCACCUAUUAUGGGCGCGCGAAGGAGGUUCGCCAGUAUCCCGGCUUCUCCUCCGUCCUGAUGUUGGGAGGCUUCAUAACAAUGAUCGUCCAGUGCUUCUUCGCCUAUCGCGUCUGGAAGUUCUUGCCAAGACCCUACCGUUUCAUCGGUCUGGCGUGUGGCGUCAUAGCCAUCACACGCGGGAUAAUGAGCUUAUACGGGAGUGUCGAAGCGAUUUUGAUGACCUCCUAUCCCGCCUACCUGGCAGAUUAUCAACACUACCUGACUGCACUUCUGGCCUUGGGAGCAUUCAUCGACGUGGUUAACGCGGCAUCCAUGUCUUACUUUCUCGUCAUGCAGCGCGAGAAGGCUUUCUCGAAGACGACAACGCUCAUAGACCGCCUGGUGGCGUACACAAUCGGGACUGGUGUCAUUACUUCCGUCGCCGCUAUUGCCGUUCUGAUCCUUUUUCAAACGCUUUCCCAGCGCGUAAUCAUUUCUCUCGCACUUUACGUUGCUCUCGCGAAGCUCUAUUCCAACUCACUCCUUUCUGCACUGAAUGCUCGAAGAAGUCUCCGGGAAGGCUCUUCGAAAUCGGUCUCUAUCACCCAUCCACGACUGGCAGGCACGGACUCUUCGGGGUCAAGUGGUACUCAUCCGGAGAUGUCUAACGCAAUCUCAAUCGAGAUGAAGACGACGAAGCUUGUAUCCGAAGACCAAACUGAAGAUUCGUUUGGGAGUUUCGAGACGAAGACCCACCUCAGCCCGAUUUCUGAGACCUCGCCUCGAAGGCGACCUGAUGAUAUGGUUUAA